GAUCUGACUAAUCGCAUCUGUGACCUUUCAAAAUAGUCGUGGUAAAGUGACAUGUUUUCAAGCACGUUUUUUACGGUUCUACUUAUAAACAGAGAAAAUUUCUACAUUAUUUCUCAGGAGAAACGCUCGGCUAAUCACUUCUGUGACCUUUUGGAAUAGUCGUGGUGAGAGAACAUAGCGUUUCAGAAUACAGUCUCAUUAUCAGGAAGGAAGAGAGUGGAUAAACCCAGGCUGUGAUAGACGAGAGGUGUCCUAAUAAGAAAAAGGAAAUUCUGACGCUCUGAUAAGAAGGAACAUCAAUGAAAUUCCCCACUUGGUAUUUCUUAUUACGUAUUGAAAUAUUUUGUCUUUACUCCAUGCCCGAGUGAGUGAGUGAGUGAGUGAGUGAGUGGGAUGGCAUAGACUUGAGAUUAACUGUUUUCAUGAGUGAUUGACUGGCUCGAAGACUGGCAGAGUGACUGAAUGAUUGGCUAAGUGACUUACUGAACGAUUUAGUGGCUACUUUAUUGACUGACUGACUGAAUGAUUGACUGACUGAGUGACUGACUGGUUAAGUAAUUGACUAGCUUACUAAGUGACUGACUGACUGACUUCUGAUUGACUUCUGGCUUAGUGGUGAAGUGACUUGGUGACUGACUUACUAAAUUAUAAUUUUUCGUAUCUUUCAUCCAGCUGACUGACUGACUGACUGCCUGACUGACUGUCUGACUAACUAACUAACUAACUGACCUACCAACCAUACCUAAUCUGACCUGACCUAACCUUUCCUUCUCCAAAUCUACUGCCAACUGACCAAUCAAUCAACUGACUGACUGACUGACUGACUGACUGACUGACUGACUGACUGACUGACACUGCCUCCAAAGGACCCGAAAUGCCUCGACUAAAGCGAAGAUUGCAACAAGUUGGGUUGGCUUUCCUAGGGAGCAAAUGGAGGCGAUUUCUGCUGCUUUUCCUGCUGUUUAGUGUCCUUCUGGCCGCUCAACUCAUCACUAGCUACAGCAAGCUGGCGGGGACAGCAGCGCCCGUAGAAGCAGAUGACGCGGGCGCAGAUGUGUUAGCAGGAGUGGAAGAUGUGACGGUCAAGAAAGCCUUCAACAUCAAGACGCAACAAGCCCAACAGGGGGACAGCACACGCACGCGCUUGCUCGAAGCCCUCACCCAGCUCAAGACGCGAGACCUGCAGAAGGCGCUGAAGCUGUAUGAUGCCACGUGGAACCCAGCGGCGGCACAGAAGCUGAGAAUGGACCAAGCUCUGCAGUCGCUGAAGAUGACGCUGUUAGAGGAAGUGAGCGCUCAUGGCUACGUGGACCUCAUGGCGGCUGCGCAUCACGCUCGUCCUCUGUCUGACACGCCGCGGCCUGAGCCUCUGCAGGUGGUGAUCGUGACAACAUGGCGCUCUGGCUCAACCUUCAUGGAGGAACUGCUGAAUUCUCAUCCCGCUGUCUUCAACCAAUACGAGCCGCUGACGUUCUUCGGUUUGCGGCAGAUUCGCAACGGGCAGGACUCCUUGAAGGCACAGAGGGUGAUCCACGAGCUCAUCUCCUGCAAGUACGAUGGACAGGACGAGUAUCUUCGGUCAGCACACGAGGUUCGGGAGCUCCUGACGCGGAACAAGUUAGUGUGGAAAGUGUGCAGCUCCGAGGACUGGGGCGACGCUCUCUGCUUCAACGAUUCCUUCCUCUCCCAGGCGUGCCACCUCUUCCCCUGGCGGACGAUGAAGUUGGUACGCCUUCGCCUUCGUUUCGUCCGCGCUCUCCUCCAAGACCCUGAGUUAAACGUCCGUGUUGUGUACUUAGUUCGGGACCCGCGCGGCGUCAUCAACUCAAGGACUGAUACUGUGAAGUGGUGCAAGACAGCAGACUGCAAUGAUCCUGGUCUUCUCUGCAACGACAUGGACGAGGACCUGAGAGCUGCCGUGGAUUUACAGAGAGACUUCCCAGAUAGAUUCUACGUGUUGAGAUACGAGGAUAUGUCUCUGAACCCGGUGAACAAGACGCGGGAACUCCUCUCUCACUUGACCUUGGACUUUGAUCCGCAUAUGGAGGAAUUUUUAGCCUCCCACACCACCAAGAACUACGACAAACCGUGGAGUACUUCAAGGGAGUCGAAGAAACGCGUCACCUACUGGGCGUCAAAACUCAAGCCUGAUAAGCUGAAUGACGUGCAAAAGGCGUGUGGUUCCGUCAUGGCAAAGUUUGGGUACCUCACAAUUAAUUCCACUAAAAAUGUGACGGUGGAUAAGAUUCUAGGGCCUCUUGUGCUCCCUUCCUCCCCCUGAUGUCCCGCCAAGUUAGCUGGAAUUGCCACAUCAGGGAUAAGAUUAGCAGUGUUGUUUUUGUUGUCGAGUUAAUGAUGGUGUUAACUUCCCAGAAAGCAAAGAUAAGGAACGGACCAUGUUCAUUUGUAUGGCGUUGUCAACGCGUAUUUUCUCAGUAUUGUUCUUUCAUGUUACGUUCCUAAUAUCAUGCAUAGUGUUCGACAGUUUGUUGAUCAUGUACGAUCGUAGGUAAUGGACGAAUGAACGAAAGCACAAAGUAUAUAUUUGCUACGUACAUGUCAUCCAGUAUUUUCAAUAAUCUUCGUUCAUUCUACGUUUUUAAAUAUCGAUAGUUUUUUUUAAUCAUACACGGUCGUAAAGUAUGGGAACCAAUGAACGAAACACAAGAUGAAUACUAUGCACUCGUAUAGAAUAAUGCCAUAUACGUAUUUCACAUAAAUUUCGCUCAUUGUUCGUUUCGAAUAUCAUACACUGAAAAGUUCGAUAGUUUUUAAUCAUGCACAAUCGUAAAAUAUGAGACGAAUGAACGAAAUCAUAAAAUCACAAGUUUAUCCACUCGUAUCAAAUAUCAUACACGUUCUGCCCACAAAUUUCGUUCGUUCUCUCAUAUCGUACACUCAAAGUUCGAUAGUUUCUGAAUACCGUACGAUUGUGCACCCUGCCCUGAUAGGCUCUAAGGGAAAAAGAAUGACCAAGUGCAAUAGUAACAGAACCCCCGAAGCUUCGGCCGCGGGAAGCUGUGAACCUAGGCUGUGAAAAAUGGGACUAAUUAUUCUUAGGCUACAGUCCAUUCCUCCAAGCUCAUAUAUGUUAAAGUUAAUGAGUGUUGGAUGCUGCUGCAGAUCUGUGUAUGUUUGUGUGGCGCCAGAAUAAACAGGGAGGGAGAGAGACGUGCAGGCUGGGAGGCAGGGGAGGACAGAGACGGACAGAGAAGCACAGAGACAGGCAGAGAGGUGGGAAGGCAGGCAAGCAUGGAGACAGAUAUAAAAGAAAGGCAGUAGACAGGAAGAUAGUCAGAAACAUAGACAGACAAACAGGAAGGGAGUUUAGCGGAGAGGAAAGGACAGAAACAUGCAUAAAGGCAGACAGACAAACAGAAAGAGACAAGAAAACAAAGCAAGCGGACAGGAGAGCAGGCGGGGAGACAAGGACACAAGCAGACAGACAGACAGACGCGCUGGCGGGCUGCCUCGACGCUCUCCACCCAGUAACACCGCCACGUGCUAUUAGUAUCGCAAGCACACGCUCAGUAAGACAGUGCAUGAUAGAAAGGGAGGAAGGAGGAAGAGAGUGAUUAAGAAUAAGAUUUAGAUUCAUUACUUAAAAGGGAGAGGAGCAAGAGGAAGGGGAUGAAAGGCUGAAUGCAUAAUGACAAGAAUAAGAAGGGAAAGAGAAUGAAGACUUGAGUUGAGAGAGGACAUAAUGAGGGGAGAAUAGUAAGAAGGGGAAAUACAAAACUGAAUGAAGGGAAAGAAUAUGAAGACCUAAAAAUAGAAAGAAGAGAAGCAGACACUAGAGAAACAGUAAGAAGAAAAGAACAGUACGAAGGAGAAAAACAACAUUGAGUGAAGGGAAAAGAAAGAUAAGGAAGGGAAACAAUAUGGAGGUGCAAGAUGAGUAAGAAGAGGAGGAAGAACAGACGUAAGGAUGAGCCAGUGCAUAAUGAGUGUAGUGUCCUAGUUUAGAGAGGACAGGCCAGACCAGCCCGGCACGUUGCCCACAGUUUAUAAACACUGGGGCUUGCCAAAUGCACUGCGGGAGGCAGAAUGCACAGUGGCAGACGAGAAAAGACGAAAAAAACGGACUUUGGAGCAUAUGUCUUCUUGGCGCCGGGAAGGGAGGAAGGCACGGCAAGGGAACAUCAGUUUCUGACGCACUUCCGUAGCCUUUCUCGUGUCAUUCUUAUAUAACCGCAAUUUAUUAACAUUCCCUGCCCUCCCACGUGCCUGUCUCGUGACUGCCAAUGCCUUAUGACUUCAAAUACCCUGUGUGAGGCUCCCUGACGUCCAUACGGAGCCAUAAACUAGUGAAAUGUCAGGAGAUAAGGUGAAGGUGAUAGCGAUGAGAGGUUUAGUUGAGUCAGUCAUGAAGUGUUGGUCUCAGUCAUUGUUUUCCUUACGUCUCUCCUUCCCAUGCGCCAGAUAAUUAUAAAUGGUCAGAAAAAGAUACUUGUUCCGUCCUUCAGUAAUACAGAGUCUGGUGAUAAGUAAAUGUGAUACGUAUAUACGAACUGAAAUGAGUUAAUUGAUUAAGGGAGAACUGGUAGGGAAACAUAGACAGAAGCAGAAGUUUUGUGACUGGUUUGGUAAUGAUUGUAAGGGGGGAAUUUAUUAUUCGUACAAUAGUUUUAACGAAUGGUACGAAAGUCAGUCGAGAAAGUGACGAAACUCAUUUCAUUUUAAGAGUGUUUCUUUAGUGUUUCUUUGCCUUGGUUCCAGCGUGUACUAGUAGAUGUAUGUACUUUUAUACCUCAAAGCGUCAUCAAAUUCACACUUAUCCCAUUUCAUUUAUUUCGGUUCAUGAUUUACUGUGGAAUCUUCAUUUGUAUUUUUUCCCUCUCACUCAUUACCAUAUCAAGCAUCAUAUUAUAGGCCAGAUAGAUUGAUAGAGAGAUAGAAUGUCAAUCAGUACUCAUUAUUCUUAUUAUUAUUAUUAUUAUUAUUAUCAUUAUUUUAUUAUUAUUAUUAUUAUUAUUAUUAUUAUUAUUAUUAUUAUUAUUAUUAUUAUUAGAGGGAUACAUAUUUUCCAGCUUGCCAAUUUUAAAUGUUACGUUUGAACAACAAAACACUGAAAAACCCAGAAAUAUUUCACAAACUACCAACUAACAUUGACAAAAACUUUUACCGAAUCCUUAAUAAUCCAAAAAACAUCAAUUCAGCUACUAUUGCUAUCAUUUCGUGUACUUAAGGAGUAGGUACAAAUUUUCGAGGCUUCCAGUGUUUUAUUCUCACGGCUGACAUUUGAACGUCUUUGAGCAACAGAAUCCGGCAGCGUGAGGUACAGGUAGCACGUGUGUUGGAAUUGGUCUUUAUAUUUCCUUAAUUUUUAUCGUAAUUUUCGCGUCAGUGUGUCUGUAACUGACUUACAACGUGCUUAAAUAAGUGGAGGAAGUCUAUAAGUGCUCAAGACGACCGAGGAACAUCAGAUGGUGGAUGAAAGUAAGUGUUACUGUCCCACUUGUGAAAUUUCCUGGCGUCGCGGUUCAUUCCUGGAAUUUUCGGGGCUUCGUACCACACGGAACUAACAUUUAUUUAUUUAUUUAUUUUAUUUUAUUUUUUUUUAUUUCCUGACUUUUUUUAUUUUUUUAUUCAUGAGUUUGAGUGUAUACAUAUACAUAAACAUAAGGAGUUUUAGCUGGUGAAACUUAGUCUUCUAUUUUAUUUUCUCUCUUAAAAUGAGUGGACAUAUUUCCAGACUACGGAGCUUCGAACCAUAACGACUCGUAUGGUUUUAAAAUAUUAAUUGUCCAUCGACUUUUCCGUUCAUUGUAUAACUUAGGGUAAGGAAAGACGUUUUUAUCUUAUUGUUGAGCUAAGUGAUAAUAAGUUACGGUAAUGAAGAAAAGUAAGUUCACUGAUGAUUCAGAUUGGUUCAAACUGAUUCAUUGGUAAAUUCAACCGCGUUAACUUUGAAGCGCAGUCGGUUGAUCUGUUUUUUUUUUAAUUUUUUUUUAUUUAUUUAUUUUAUUUUUUUUCGAUUUUGGUUUCGGGAAUUUGGAAGGAAGAAAUAUGAUGCGUUAUAUUUUGUAUAUCUUUGCUUUAGGAACUAUUUAAGUGUUGAAAGUAGGAAAUUUGGUCUCUAUAUUUGAUUUCAGUGGUGGUGUUGAUUACUACUCGAAAAAUGAUUACUAUUUGUAGGGAAUGAUUUGAUAUGGCGUGUUUUGCUUGUCUUUGGUUCGGAAACUACUUGAAUGUUGAAAGGAACUAAUUCAAUCCCCUUUAUUUAAUUUUUUUUUCUUUUUAUUUCUGUUUAUUUAUUGCAAUUUGAAACUUCUGUGUGAAGGAAAGAAUUUGAUCCGGUGGCUUUGGUUCGGAACUCCUUACAGCUGAAUGGAGGAAAAAACCCGGUAUAUUUUCUUGUCAGUAAUAUUUUAGUUUAUAUUAAUUAGUAGUACUUUUUAUUUUACGUAGGAAUAUGUACAUUUAUAUUUAUUUCAGCCAUUCACGAGAGUACACUUUUCAUUUCGGAUGCAUUAAUGCAUACAUUUAUCCGAAUCAUUAUGCAACGUCCCGGAAUCUGUUUGAAUUUUGUGUUUUUGGUCCAUUUUUUUUUUUUUUUGUGUGUUUUUUGGUCCAUGUGUUUCAGAAUGCAUCACUAGUUACCAAUAUCUUUUGUUCAAUGUGUGUGUGUGUGUGUGUGUGUGUGUGUGUACCGGGCGUUCAAUUCAUCCGUGUAUAAUGUCUUUGUUAAUAAAUCAGUAACUUAUUU